AAAGGUUGAACUCGGGAACACCCGGUUAAAAAUAGCGCCCACCCCCCCCAAAAAAAACAGAGAGGGAGAGAGAGGAGGGUUGAGGGCCAUGGAUUGGUUCGUCUGAAUUUUGAUUUUCUCCAUAGAAGGCCUGCUGAAAGAGUUUGGCGGGUUGAGAUGGACUUUUCGGAGUCCACCAAAGUUGUGUACGACAGGAUCCAGAAACUCGAGCCUGAGAAUGUCUCGAAGAUCAUUGGAUAUCUUCUUUUGCAAGAUCACGGUGAACGUGAGAUGAUCAGGCUCGCCUUCAGCCCUGAUAAUGCGAUUCACUCCUUGAUUACCAAAGCAAAAUCCGAACUGGGAUUGUCUAAACCCGCAGUAUCUGUUAAUAUGUUACCCCAUGUAAAUUCUACACCAACGGUGAAUAUUCAGUCUGUUGCAGAAAUUCCUGUGCAAUUCACUCCGUUCUCACCAGCAUCAGCCCCUGCAGUUUCACCUCGUUCAUCUCUCCGAAUCUCCAGCCCAUACUGGGAAUCGCAGGUUCCUGGUGGUCACGUCCCUGAUGAUUUUCAUCUCAUAAACCAAGUUCGCCAAUUGGGUUUGGAGGACCCUGCUGAGUUUGCCAACUCCGGCUGUUCGGAGUUUAUGGGGAGUUAUUAUUUCCCCGAGGCUGCAAUUUGUGCAAAAUCGAGUCGUAGAUCUCCGAGUUUACCAGAUUUUCCUGUUAAGAUUUGCCAUUACUUCAAUAAGGGGUUUUGCAAGCACGGGAACAACUGUCGGUACUUUCACGGCCAUCUUAUGCCGGAGAGUUUUUCACAGCAUUUUAAUGCAAAUUACAAUGAGAUAGGGAGUGAUGAUCAUGCAUUUAUUCAAGGGUCUCUUGACAAACUAGAAUUGGAGCUUACCGAUCUUUUGAAAUCAAGGGGAGGAAUGCCCGUUUCAAUCGCUUCUUUACCCAUGUUGUAUUAUGAGAAGUAUGGGAGGACACUUCAGGCCGAGGGGUACCUAACGGAGAGCCAAAGACAUGGCAAGGCUGGUUUUAGUUUGUCGAAGCUUCUUUCUCGGCUUAAGAACAGCAUUUGUCUUAUUGACAGACCGCAUGGCCAACACUCUGUGAUUUUGUUGGAGGAUGCUCAGAAGUACUUGGAGUAUACAAGUGAAAGAAGUGAUCCAGGUGUAAACUCUGGUUCUCGGCAGAUAUAUCUUACGUUUCCGGCGGAGAGCGUCUUUACAGAACAAGACGUUUCGCAUUACUUCAACAAUUUUGGACCUGUUCAAGAUGUUAGGAUUCCUUGCCAACAGAAAAGGAUGUUUGGAUUCGUCACGUUUGUCUUUGCGGAAACGGCCAAGCAGGUUUUGGCCAAGGGAAAUCCUCACUUUAUAUGUAACGCACGUGUUCUUGUGAAACCGUACAAGGAGAAGUCGAGGCUUUUUGACAGAAGGUAUAUGGAGAAAAUGCAGAAUCUCACAUUUAAUUACAAUCAGCACCUUAUAGAAGGGGAGACUGAUAUUCAGUCAAUGCCAAGAAGUUGUGAUAAUUCAAGAUUCCUUAGGAAGGAGGUUAUCCAAGAGCAUGAAACUGCACUUGAACUCGAGAGGAGACGCUUUGCAGAAUUGCAUAUUGCGCCGAAAGCUUUGGCCCGCCCUUUAUAUUUUGGGCACUCAAUGGACCAAUUGAACCCUUCAGAAGGCCAUGAAGAACCAGCACAGUCAUUAUCAGCUGAUCAUUUUAAUCACUUCCUAGAUUUCGUACAAGAUGGUUCGAGCAACACCAGCAAAAUGUCGCUGCGGGUCACUAAUUGUACUGACCAGGAUAGCCAAGGAAUCAAUCUUCCUGACAGCCCAUUCGCCUCUGCAAUAGGGACUGGAAUUUCAACAGUUACAUAGACAACCAGGAGAAAAAAAAGCAACUAUAGAGGACCAAAGAACUCGAAUUCUAUCUGGCGAGUUCGACAUACAACCGGACUUUUCUCUCUUUUCUGUUUCCUUCAUCUUUUCUGCGGUUUCAACUAGCUGCUCAGGAGGGAAGCGCGAUGUGAAGUCCUCGUGUUUCACCGGCUAAAGUAGGUCAGGCAAAAGAAUUGAUACAGAGAAGAAGCUAAUUUCACUACAGGGGUUUUAUACAGAAUCAAAGGCACGAGCAGGUGUGUUAGAGGAGAAGUUUAGUAAUAGUAGUCUUGCUGUUAUAGUUGAAGAAAGGAAGUAAAGAAAUUGUGCAGAGAAAGAAGAAUGCGAGAAGCUGCUGUUUUUAAGUACAUAUUUGCCUACAGAGAAUUGAAAAGAAAGGAUGUUUUUGCUUGGUACAUAAAAGAAGAAAUCACGAAUUCUAUAUCCAAUGAUAUAUAUACACUCUUUGGGUCA